AUGGACGUGUGGGGCCCAGCCCGCGUCCGUGGUCAGGGUCAGGAGAGGUACUUCCUGAUUGUUGUUGACGACUUCUCGCGCUACACCACGGUCUUCCCCUUGCGCACCAAGGGUGACGUCCCUGAUGUCUUGAUCCCUUGGAUCCGCAGAUCUCGUCUCCAGCUUAGUGAGCGUUUCCGCUCCGACUUCCCUGUCCUGCGUCUGCACUCUGACAGAGGUGGAGAGUUUUCCUCUGGCCUCUUGGAGGCCUUCUGUCAGCAGGAGGGCAUUGAGCAGUCGUUCACGCUUCCGGCCUCUCCGCAGCAGAAUGGGGUUGCUGAGCGCCGCAUUGGCUUGGUCAUGGAGGUCGCUCGUACCUCCUUGGUUCAUGCGGCUGCCCCCCACUUUCUGUGGCCGUUUGCAGUCCGAUACGCUGCGCAUCAGCUCAACCUCUGGCCCCGUGUCUCCUUGCCCGAGACUUCUCCGACACUGCGUUGGACGGGAGAGGCUGGCGAUGCGUUGCGUUUUCGGGUCUGGGGAUCCCGAGCUUUUGUCCGUGACACGUCCGCGGACAAGCUCUCCCGUCGCGCUGUCCCCUGCGUCUUCCUUGGCUUUGUCCCGGACGCCCCUGGUUGGCAGUUCUACCACCCCACCUCGCGGCGUGUCCUGGCCUCUCAGGACGUCACUUUUGACGAGUCCGUCCCCUACUACUGCCUCUUCCCCUACCGCACUGCCCCGCUCCCCCCCCCCGCCUCUCUUCCUCGCUCCAGGUGCAGAGACCCGGGUGAGCCUGUCGAGGUAGCUGUUGACUCUAGUCCUGCUAGGGGUGCUGAGCCUGGGGGUGCUGCGUCUGGGGGUGCUGAGCCUGGGAGUGCUGGGUCUGGGGGUGCGGAGCCUGGAGGUGCGGAGCCUGGAGGUGCUGAGCCUGGGGGUGCUGAGUCUGGGGGUGCUGAGUCUGGAGGUGCUGAGCCUGAGCGUGCUACACCUGGAGGAGCCCUCUCCUCCCAGCAGCUGCAGGAGAGGUACCUCGAGUACUGCCGCCUCCGGAGAGGUGCUCCUGGAGCUCGUCCCGGUACUUCCCCUCCUACCCAGGAGCUCCCCCCCAUUCAGCAGAUCCGCGAGUGGUACACACGGCGCUGCAGUCUUCGGAGUGGUGCUCCUGGUGCUGCGGACCCGCCUGGUGGAGCUGCUGCUGGUGCUGAGGACUCGGACGUUGGAGCUGCUACUGGAGCUGAGGACCCGGGCGGUGGCGCUGCUGCUGGUGCUGAGGACCCGGGCGGUGGAGCUGCUGCUGGAGCUGAGGACCCGAGCGGUGGCGCUGCUGCUGCUGCUGAGGACCCGGGCGUUGGAGCUACUACUGGUGCUGAGGACCCGGCUGGUGGAGCUGCUGCUGGUGCUGUGGACCCGGACGCUGGAGCUCCUACUGGUACUGCGGACCCGGCCGCUGGAGUCUCUUCUGCUUCUGGAGACGCUGCGCAGCCGCGACCGUACUUCGUACCGCUCCUUCAGCAGGUUCUUGGGCAGGCUCCUCCUCCUUGUCCUCCUCCCUCCGUAGAGUGUCCUCCGCCUGUCCAGCCGCAGUCACAGUUACCGCCUACCUCGCCUCUCCCUGCUCCCUCUCCUUACACUGGUCCCAUAGGAGGUCUUACAGAGCGUCGUGAGCCCGAGUCUCGUCCUGCGUCGCCUGUUCGUCCUGCUCGCACUGGUAGUCGUGUCCGUCGUGAGCGUCCUCCUCCUGUCCCAGGCACUCACUACAUGACUCUGCGUCCCUCUACUGCUCCUCAGCGUGUCUCUCUACCGUCUCCUCCUGCGUCCUCUUUGCCUGACGUUCCGGACCCUGAGUCUGACCGGUAUCGUGCUGAGCACCCUACUGUCACGCGUCUCCUCGCUACUGUUGUCACUGACCCUACCUUUGAGUCCUCGACUGCGUCUGCUCUGGUAGCUGAGUUGGUUGACUUUGCUGCUGCCUGUCGUCUAGACUACGCUGCUAGCCUUGUUGCUGGGUCUGAGUCUGUCUGUCCUCCGUCCGUCGGGGGUGAGUGCGCUCUUGGCACGGACGUCCUUGAGGACAGACAGGAGGAGUUCCAGUGUCUUGCUGCUGCUUUGCCCCGUCUCGUGUCCUUGCUAGUUGCCCCUGAGGGAGACCCGGAUGCACCAGACAUCCCGACCCCGCGCACUUACGCUGAGGCGAUGGCGGGUCCCUACUCCUCUCAGUGGCAGACAGCCAUGGACGCCGAGAUGGCUUCCUGGAAGUCCACAGGCACCUACGUCGACGAGGUUCCCCCUCCUGGGGCGAACAUCGUCAAUGGCAUGUGGAUUUUCAGGGUGAAGCGGCCGCCGGGUUCUCCGCCUAUCUUCAAGGCGCGUUACGUGGCUCGAGGCUUCAGUCAGCGAGAGGGAGUUGACUUCUUCCAGACCUUCUCCCCCACCCCGAAGAUGACUACUCUUUGGGUGCUGCUGCACAUAGCCGCUCACCGCGACUACGAGCUUCACUCACUUGACUUCAGCACUGCUUUCUUGUAG